AUGUGCUCUGCCAUUCGACAGCAGUACCCGGGUUCCCUGGCUGCAGCUGGGUCCUCGCUCCCGUUUGCCGGCCUGUUUGGGUCCGGGACGCCGGGUUCGGAUCCCUUCUGGUGCGCCCACGGUUUUCGCCAAACUUAUUACUGCGAAGACGACUUCAGUUUCAACCCAGCCACGGAAACAUGCGAACCUCAAAGAUCCUUUCCCUGCGUCAAAGAGCCGCAAAAGCAACCCGACCAUGACAACAAUAACAAGGAACGCCUCGUAAUAAACUCAGAUGACGUUAAAGACGUCGCAGAGCAGGACGAGGAUAUUGGCAACGAGUUUUUGCAAAACGUGGACGGUGAGGAAGAAGAGGACUCACCGAAUAAGCACGAGGAUUUGCGAGAUGACCCGAAUAAUAAUGAUGCAGUGCCGCAAAUAAAGGACGAUGAUCAGCACAUGCUGAUGGAAGGGAAUGAUGUUGGGGCGACACCUACUUGCGAUGGGAAUGGAACCGCUGCUGCUGAUGGCCUUCAUCCCGCGCCAAAUGAUGCCAACGCAUAUUAUGAAGCUGUGUUUGAAUGCCCUGCAGAUGUCGCUGGUGAAGCCAGACUGUUCCUUUGCUCUGCGGGCGCCAUCUUUGAUACAAAAUCACAGGCUUGCCAGAGGAUCAAAGAAACCAAUCACACAGAUCUAAUGUGUCCAGAAGACCCCCUUCCCACUACAUGCUCAACAGCAGUGGCCAAAGAGUCCACAGUGGUGACUCUGAGAGAUGUUGCAAGUGUAAAUGAGACCAAGAACUCUCCAGACAUUAUAUUUGGUGUGUGUGCAAAUGGAUCCCUGGUUCAUUAUGGCCUGUGUCCCACAUCAGCACCCAUUUAUGACCCAGACUCCAAGACCUGUGUGGUGUCUCCUUAUCAUCCAAGGACCAGCAAUGCUGGGGGACAGUCUGACCUUGUUGCCAAUGCCUCACUUUACUCUGGGAAGCUCACUGUGCACUUUGGAGUCAAAGAGCCAAGCAGUGGUGCCAAAAAUGCCAGUAAUGGUGGGAUUGCUGCUGGGGAGAAUGAAGCAGUGCGUUGUAUGGAGUUGCCAGAUGGCAUUUACCCAAAAGGGGGUGGCUCAACCAGUUGUGUGGAAUGUCGCAGGGGGGCUGAAGCUGUGGAACUGACCUGUGACUCCAGGGUCAAGAGACCUGCUCCA